AUUAAGUAAAUCACGAUCAUUGUCAAGGUCAAGAUAUAUUCACGAUGUCUUCAAUCGCUACAUUUAAGGGUUUAGUUGCUCUAGUAACUGGUGGAGCUUCCGGCUUGGGUCGAGGAACAGUAGAACGUUUUGUGCGAGAAGGUGCAAAAGUAGUGAUUUGUGACCUUCCAAAGUCGCCGGGUGAAGAAGUAGCAGCAAGUCUAAAAGGAGAUGCAAUUUUUGUCCCAACCGAUGUAACAUCUGAAAGUGACGUUGGAAAUGCAUUGGAAGUUUGUAAGAAAAAUUUUGGCAAAUUAGAUGCUGUUGUAAACUGCGCUGGUAUCGGCAUAGCCGUCAGCACUUAUAAUUUCAAAAAUAAUAAGGCUCACUCCCAAGAAGACUUUCUGAAAGUUCUCAACGUAAACGUGGGAGGAACAUUUAAUGUCAUCAGACAAGCUGCUGGACUUAUGGGAGCCAAUGAACCUAAUGUUGAUGGACAAAGAGGAUGUAUUGUAAAUACAGCUAGCGUAGCUGCUUUUGACGGCCAAAGAGGACAAGCAGCUUACUCAGCAAGCAAAGGAGCAAUCUAUGGAAUGACUCUACCAAUAGCAAGAGAUUUAGCUAUUCAAGGGAUCCGAGUUAACACAAUCGCCCCAGGAUUGUUUGAUACACCCCUAUUGGCUGGUUUACCAGAAAAAGUUAGAAGUUAUCUAGCCAAGUCAGUUCCAUUCCCCCAACGUCUAGGCUAUCCAGAUGAAUAUGGCCAUUUAGCUCAAUUUAUAAUUCAAUCACCCAUGAUGAAUGGUGAAACUGUCAGAUUGGAUGGUGCCAUUAGAAUGCAGCCUUGA